UAUUUUUUUAAAAUAGGAAGUACAACAAAUACUACAUUGAUUUCCAUUUAUUAUUAUUACAAUAAGAAUUUGGGUGACAAUUGGCCUACAAUUAAUGGCACAACACAAACAAUCUUAAUAGGCUUUAUUUUCUUCUAGUUUUAGUUUUUUUGGUAAAUAUGGCCUGGACAUGUUCUUGAUGGGUUUUCGUGAGAUUCCCCCGUUGUGUUUUGUAAAGUGAGAGUGUUGGUGAUGUUUUGGCUCAUUUUUGUUAUGAUGUAUGUUGAUGCCUCUAAAGGACAGAGGUGCAGCCUGCUGUUUUCAUAGAGAUGUAAAUAUUAGAUAUUAUAUUUUUUCCUGAAAAAAGUUAGCUCAUUAUUUCCAUGUUUGUAUCUUUCAGUUCAACUCAUUUCUGUUGUACCGUUGCUGUUGUUUUGUUGAUGGCAUAUGUUUAUAAAGGUAAUUCUGAAAGUACAUCCAACACUUCUCCUGGACAUUCACCAGGAAGCCAGAUAAACUGGAUACAUCCUACUUUGGAUGGGAAAAACCGUCCUGAUGAAGCAACAUCAAUACCUUCAUCCUAGCUUUUAUUCCCGCAAUCACUAGGGAUUGAGUUUAGUUUUACUACAACAAAAACUUCCCCAGGAAAGCUCAAGAAAAAACAAAUGAUUAAUUUAGAUGCCACAGUUUGUCUUUUGUAGCCUGUUGAACAGCUUAACUUAUGGGUGGACUGAAUGAUGUGUUUCCUUGAUUCUGAUUUCACAACCCUGCACUUAGUUUUGUACAAAGCAAGUUAAGUUUCUCUGUUUGAAAUUUUCUUUUGUGUCCCUGGUGGUCAACAACACAAUCAUGGGAUGUUUGUCUUUACCCGUGAAGAAAAACAUGACUUUUGUAUUGUUUGCUUCCUUACAUUUUUUUUUGCAUCAUUCUGAUAUUUGUAAAUAUAUUUUUGUAACAUUUCAUGGCUGCCUGGAUCUCAUUUCUGAUGUUACCAUAGUAAAGUUCUCAAGCAGGAUCCGAUCCACUUCCUCACACACAGGCGUGGGCUGCUUUCACCCAAACCAGUUCUGCUCUUGAUGGGCGUGACGCCAACCUGCCGAGCCUGUCCGUCGGCCAGAGUGGCUGAAUUUAUCUCAUACACACUCAAACACAAGCUUACUGCUCCAGACGAGCGUCACGUCACGAGUGUGCUGUCUGUGGUUUUGGAGCUUGGCUUGCGGCCGGUUUGAAGAUGCCCUACAGUGUGACUCUGCCGAGUGGUUCUAAGCAGGCGGCCCUAGUGGAGAGCACACAAGCGGACGGAAAGACGUUUGAACAGCUCCGCCAGGAGUGUUUGCAAAGGGGGAAGCUGUUUGAGGAUCCAGAUUUCCCAGCUGUGGACGACUCGCUCUUCUACAGCCAGAGGGUCCCGGUUAACUUUGAAUGGAAGAGGCCCGGGGAAAUCUGCAAAGACCCAAAAUUCAUCACAGGAGGAGCCACCAGGACAGACAUCUGUCAGGGGCAACUGGGAGACUGCUGGUUGUUGGCAGCGAUUGCCUCCCUGACCCUCCAUGAGGACACGCUGAGGAGGGUCGUACCACAUGAUCAGGGCUUCGAUCGCGGCUACGCUGGAAUCUUCCAUUUCCAGUUCUGGCAGCAUAAUAAAUGGCUGGAUGUGGUGGUGGACGACCGACUCCCGUGUGUGAGGAGCAACCUGGUGUUCGUCCACUCCGCUGACCAAACUGAGUUCUGGAGUGCACUUCUGGAGAAGGCCUAUGCCAAGCUGAACGGCAGCUAUGAAUCCCUGAAAGGAGGAAGCACCAUGGAGGCGAUGGAGGACUUCACGGGCGGCGUGGGCGAGAUGUACGAGACGAAGAGCCCCCCCAGCAACCUCUUCCUCAUCCUCAAGAAAGCCGUGGAGAGAGGAUCAAUGCUUGGCUGCUCCAUCGAUAUCACAAAUUCUGCUGAAUCUGAAGCCCAAACCACUACUGGUCUGGUUAAAGGCCACGCUUAUUCCAUCACUGGAGUAGAGGAGGUCAACUACAGAGGAGCAAAGGUCCAGCUGAUUCGUGUUCGUAACCCCUGGGGUCAGGUUGAGUGGAACGGACCCUGGAGCGACAACUCCAGGGAAUGGAACGCCAUUGACAGUUCAGAGAAGACACGACUCCUGCACAAUUCCCUGGAUGAUGGCGAGUUCUGGAUCGAGUUUGGGGACUUCAAAGCCAACUACGAUAAAAUCGAGAUCUGUAACCUGACCGCAGAUUCUCUGUCGGACGAUGUUAGGAAGAAGUGGGAAGUGAAUUUGUUUGAGGGCAACUGGAUCAGGGGCUCUACUGCUGGCGGCUGCAGGAACUACAUCGACACAUUCUGGACAAACCCGCAGUUUAAGCUUCGUCUGGACCAUCCAGAUGAUGGAGACAAGCUGUGCAGCGUCAUUGUGGCCCUGUUGCAGAAGAACCGCCGUCGGCUCAGGAAAGAAGGGCUUGACCUGGAGACCAUUGGCUUUGCCAUUUACGAUGCUCCUGAUGAUCAAGACCACCAGGGGAAGGACUUUUUCCGUUACAAUGGCUCCAAAGCACGGAGCCGUUCUUACGUCAACAUGAGGGAGGUGUCCGAACGCUUCAGAAUGCCGCCAGGAAACUACCUGCUGGUGCCCACCACCUUCCAGCCGCACCAUGAGGCCGAUUUCCUAAUCCGGAUCUUCUCAGAGAACAAAGCUGGAGCCAUUGAGAUGGGAAACACCAUUCAAGCAGAUCUGCCAGAUCCACCCAAGCCGAACCCACCUGAGGAGGAGACAGAUGAGGAGAAGGGCCUGAGGAGACUGUUUGAACAGAUCGCCGGAUCGGAUAAAGCCAUCAGCGCCCGAGAACUGCAGCACGUGCUGAACAAUGUUCUGAGCAGAAGGAAAGAGGUGAAGUUUGAUGGGUUGACCCUCAAUACCUGCCACAGCAUCAUCAACCUGAUGGAUGUGGAUAACACCGGAAUGCUGGAAUUCGAGGAGUUCAAAGUCUUCUGGGAUAAGCUGAAGAAAUGGAUCAUGCUGUUCCUGUCUUACGAUACGGAUCGUUCUGGACGCAUGUCAUCCUACGAGCUCCGCAGUGCUCUUAAUGCUGCAGGCAUGCAGUUGAACAAUAAGCUUUUGCAGUUGCUGGGUCUGCGGUUUGCAGAUGAAAAUUUUGACAUUGAUUUUGAUGACUACCUGACGUGCAUCGUGCGUCUGGAGAACAUGUUCCGAGUUUUCCAGGCCUUAAAUAGUCAAAAGCAAGGAGUGAUCAGUCUGAACAUGAUGCAGUUCCUGAUGUUGUCCAUGAACAUCUGAGGAUUCAACUAAAUCCAGCAGGAACAAUGUGAUGGAUGGAGUCAGCUGUGCCACUGAGGAUUUUCACUGUUUUGCUGAACAGCUCUUUACACACAUUUUUUUGUUUGUUUGUGGGGUCUUUCCCAUUGCUACUGACUACUGAUUUACCGUAGUUUAUUUUUAAAGUUUUACUACGAUUAUUUUGUGAACAAAUUCUCCAGUGUUGUGUUCUUGAUGGCACGUUUACGGUUAUUUUUCAUGUUUUUCUGAGGCAUAUUCACCCUUUAUGGAUGUUGCAAGAAUUUGUAAUAAUUGCAAGAUGUUGUAUUAUUCACAGAGCUGCUAGACCGCUAGGUUUUCAUCUUGGAAGGUGCAUGCAGAAAUGAACAAAGUCAGGAAUAUAAAUAAAUAAAUAAAAAUGACAAUGA